AUGGAUCCACACAACAUCCCAAAAACUUUCCUGGGGUUAAGGGGGCUCUUUCUCCUUUAUUGCUUCAUAGGGACCUGUGCUGAAGACUGGUGUGUUCAAGUGCAACGCACCCAACACUGGCUCUGUGCCGGGAUUAAACCCACGCUAUCUCACAGUUUAUACGUGAACGCCGAUGAAGUGUAUUUAGGAGAUGGCUGCCCUGUAACUGAAGUUGAGUCGGAUGUUUACUAUGAGUUUUUCUACCAUCCUAGUGACCAUAGUAUUGUAACGACAACUUUCAAGGAAUUUGUUCUGUUUAAAACUAAAAUCAAGUAUAUCUCAAGAAACUCUGCUGUCUGAACUGAAAUGCCUCUGUCGUGUGUCCUCCACAAAGGUGGAGGCUCGUUAUGUUAUCCAAGGCUGGUCUCAAACUCAUGGGAUCAAGGAAAGCUCCCUCCUCAACCUCGCAUGUCACAGGGACUGUGGGUGCCCAACUGCGGUAGAUGCUAUUAUGCCAAUUUCAGGCAGCAUCCUCUUUUAAAUGAAGUUGACAGGAGCGAUGGUGAAACUGGCAGUGUCACCCGAUAG